UAUCACAUGCGAAAUAAGUCACGCAUUUUACCUCAAGAAUUCACGUAAAGAUAUUUUUAAAAUUAAUAGUGAUGGUCAGUCAGGUUGUCUACGGCUUCUCUUGAACCUUUGCGAUAAUUUAAAACCCAGGUAACUGCAGUACAAUGUAGAUAACGAAAAUAAGAGAAGAAACGUUGGUUUAAGUCUUGGGUUUGUGAGUACUGUUAAACUUUACAAAGAUUCAGUCUGUUUGGUUGAAGAGACAUUGCUUCAAAAAUUGACGACAUAUUUUUUUUUCGAUACUAAAUCGUAUAGAUUUUAUUUAAAAACUGAGUAAUUAAAUCUUUAAUAAAGUUUUUUUUUUUUACAAAUUUUUAUAUUUUUUUAAUUUUGAUAUUCAAAAAAAAAUAUGACUAUUAAAAUUAUAUUUAUAAUUUUUAUUGUAAUUUUGGACAGUAUUGAUGGGCUUUAUGUACCAAAUAACAAUAAUUGUACUUAUUCUGGUACUGAUUGUCCAUACUUACCUUGUUGUCAUAGAGGGUACAAGUGUAAAUUAAUUAAUCGGAAUAUAUAUGACGAAAAUCAUGUAUUAGUGGAGCAACGAUCGGAGUACAAGUGUUUGGCACGAAAAAGAUUAGGGUGGCACUGUUCAUACGACGAAGAAUGUAUGCAUAUAAAAAAUGCUAAGUGUAUUAAUUGGAGUUGUCAAUGCGAUUGGAAUUCUGUUGGACUGAAUCGAACUAAAUGUGUCCUAGUCAAAAUGUGGUGAUGUGGACAAAAUUAUUUAUACUGAUUUAAAAUAAAAUUAAAAAAAUGAAAAAUAAUAAAAAAUAACAUAAAU